ACCGUCUCGGCGCCGAACGAUGAGCCGUCGAGCGAGUGCUACUGGCUGUGUGUGUAAAGUGCACAAAUCACUCCCCGGACCCUCCCGAGUGUUUUGCACGAUGAGAUGAUGAAGCCGAAAGGCGCAAAUCAUUGAAGCGCAGGCGAACGGACGGGCGCGGGGCGUAUGCAAAUGAGCGCGUGUCACCGCGCGGGAGGAAAGCGGACCAAAACGAGAGAGCCGAGCGUCGCCUUUAAGGAGACUGUUUUUGGAUGUUGUUGGGGUAGCGGCGGCAGCGGUGGUGGUGCUGGUGGCGGCAGUGGUGGCGGCGGUGGCGGCGGCGGCGGUGGUGGCAGCGGCAGCGGCGGCGGCGGCGGCUCCCACACGCAGCGGCUCUGCUGUAAACACCGCUGACGUCGCGCGACGCUGCGCGCUCCACACGGUUAAAAGCGGCAGGUCGUCGUAGAGGAGGAUCGCGCAGAGCAGGAGUCUCCUCCGCCUUCCACCAGGCUCACAUGCCAUCAUAACAACAACAACAAAGAAGACACAGCAGAUCAUCCAGCUCGUCCGCGGUGCGAUGGCACGGAAAACGGAGAUCCCCUCCUCCUCUUACUACGGUGAACCGCGGAAGUUUGACCCGACCUUCCGAGGGCCCGUCCACAACAGGAGCUGCACCGACGUGCUGUGCUGCGUGGCCUUUGUCAUCGUCAUCCUGGGCUACAUCGCACUCGGGACCGUGGCCUGGAUCCAUGGGGACCCCAGGAAGGUGGUCUACCCCACAGACAGCUAUGGCCAGUUCUGCGGCCAGAAGGGCACCAACAAUGCAAAGAAAGCCAUAUUAUUUUACUUCAACAUACUGAAAUGUGCCAGUCCUUCAGUCCUCAUAAACCUCCAGUGCCCAACUACUCAGCUGUGUGUUCCCAAGUGCCCGGACAGGUUUGCCACCUACUCCGAAAUGCAGUAUCACCACAGGUCCAACAAGAGCUACUGGGAAUACUACAGGCAGUUCUGCAAGCCAGGCUUUGACAAUCCCAAUAAGGCGGUUUCACAGGUCCUGCGAGAUGAGGACUGUCCCUCAAUGAUAGUGCCAAGCAGGCCCUUCCUUCAGCGGUGCUUCCCCGACUUCAUCACCAGGAACGGGACGCUGACCGUCGCCAACAGAACUGCCUUCAAAGACGUGCUGGGCGAAACGAGGAGCGUCACCGAGCUCAGAGACGCCGCCAAUGGCAUCACCAGCCUGCUGGAUGCCAAGGAGGUGGGCAUGAAGAUCUUUGAGGACUACGCCAGCUCCUGGUACUGGAUCCUGAUAGGUCUGCUGGUGGCCAUGGUGGUCAGUUUGAUCUUCAUCCUGCUGCUGCGUUUCACCGCCGGCUUCCUGCUCUGGUUCAUUAUCUUCGCGGUCAUUGCCUUGGUGGCCUAUGGAAUCUGGCACUGUUACGAGGAGUUCGUCGCCCUGAAGGAGAAGCCCAGUGCCGACGUGACCAUCUCCGACAUCGGCUUCCAGACGGACUUCCACGUUUACCUGCAGCUCAGUCAGACUUGGCUCGUCUUCAUGAUCUCCCUGUCUGUCACCGAAGCUGUCAUCAUACUGAUGCUGAUAUUCCUGAGGAACAGGGUCCGCAUUGCCAUCGCGCUCCUCAAGGAGGGUAGCAAGGCCAUCGGCUACAUCAUGUCUACUCUCUUCUACCCCAUCGUCACCUUCUUGCUCCUGGCCGUCUCUAUUUCCUACUGGGCCGUCACCGCUGUCUUCUUAGCAUCCUCUGGAGAUGCCAUCUACAAAGUGAUGCCUUCACAGCCAAACUGCAUGUACGCCAAUCUGACCUGCAACCCAGAGACAUUCAACAAGAGCAAUAUCACAAAGGUGUGUCCGGGCUCCCAGUGUAUGUUCGCCUUCUACGGGGGAGAGAGUCCGUACCAUCGCUACAUCUUCAUCCUGCAGCUGUGCAACCUGCUCGUCUUCCUAUGGCUGGUGAACUUCACCAUCGCCCUGGGACAGUGCACACUGGCCGGGGCCUUUGCUUCCUACUACUGGGCUCUCAAGAAGCCCGCGGACAUCCCACCCUGCCCCCUGUUCUCCUCUUUCAGCAGGGCCAUACGGUAUCAUACAGGCUCCCUGGCGUUCGGCUCCUUGAUCCUCGCCGUCGUUCAGCUCAUCCGAAUCGUUCUCGAGUACUUGGACCAUAAGCUGAAAGGCGCUCAGAACACAUUUGCACGCUUCCUGCUCUGCUGCCUCAAGUGCUGUUUCUGGUGCCUGGAGCGUGUCAUCAAGUUCAUGAACAGGAACGCCUACAUCAUGAUCGCAAUAUAUGGAAAAAACUUCUGCACAUCAGCCAGGGAGGCCUUCUUCCUGCUCAUGAGAAACGUGGUGAGGGUGGCUGUGCUGGACAAGGUGACCGAUUUCCUGCUCUUCUUGGGGAAGGUGCUCAUUGCAGGAAGUGUAGGUGCUCUUGCCUUUCUCUUCUUCACUCACAAGAUACCAGUCAUUCAAGAAGAGGUGCCAUCACUGAAUUACUACUGGGUGCCGCUGCUGACGGUGACUCUGGGCUCCUACCUGAUUGCGCACGGCUUCUUCAGCGUGUAUGCAAUGUGCGUGGACACACUCUUCCUCUGUUUCUGUGAAGACUUGGAGAGGAACGAUGGGACACCUGGAAAGCCUUUCCUCAUGUCCCCGGGCUUGCACAGAAUCCUGGGAAAAGGCGAUCAGAGUCCUAAAAAGUCCAAGGGCUAGCAGGCCCAUGGAGAGCAGGAGUGGUCUAAGGCCGCUCAGAAUAGCUUUAUUUCUUUCUUCUCUUUAGCAUGCUUUAAAGUAACUUGUGGCUGAACCCUGUCUAUGCUGUUCAUGGGCUGGGAAUGUCGCUGAGUGCGAAGUAGUAAAGGCCCGGCUGAAAUGGACCCUCUUACCACGGGACAACGAGAGGCUCUAUUCAUUUCUUACCUGACAGGUGUCAACGCUCGCCUUUGAGUACUAACAGCAUCACGGGCAGGCGUCUUGCUUCUACUGUUUCCUGCAGCCUUGCCUUGAGACAGGUUCACAACAGCAUGUCGCUGUAUCUCAAUGCAAGAACUCACCUGUUUGAUACAUACAGUCAGGGCGGCGGUGUUAGCGGAUGCUAACAGUGGCACCUCCGACUACGGAAGCGGUCGAGGGCAUCGUUUCCCCAAGCCAACCCUCUGCAUUCUGCAGGCCGGCCUCAAGGCCCCCGGCUUUUUUUUGUCAUCCUUGGGACUAAAUAAAACAGAUUAUAUUUAAUCAACCUCCAGGCCACAACACAUAUGAUCAGUGUAACCAAUAACAUAAGUACAUAUGACAGCCCCCGUGCACCAAUUUGGGUUCUGAGGUUGUAGUUCCAGAUGCGAUUACAGUGCACGAGCGCUUAAGUACCAUUCCAACAUGGUCCCGCCCAGUCUGCUCUUUUUCUCUUCCAUGAAGUUCAUAGCAUCAGUUCAGAAUGUGACGCUUAAAACGUGUUUACAUUUGUACUUUUCAGUGCUUCACAUAAGGGCUUUACAGAGGAUUAUAAAACUGCAGCUUUUAUGUUCAUAACCUGCAACCAUUAACAGUCCAGCACAUGCAAAUCCAGUGUUAGGUGUAUGAUGUUGCCCCCUGUACUGAACAUCACCAUGUUGGCCAGUUUUUGGGGCAUGUGCUGGAUGGAUUUUUUUGACCACCUGUGCACAUUCGGCCUGCAAAAACAACUUGGCAUGAUGACCCCCCCCUCAUAAGCCAUACCCUAUGUGCAGGUUUAGUUGAAGGCUAAAUCAAUGCACCCCCACACUUACAUCCAUUUAUUUUAUUUAAACUCUGGGACAUUUAUAGAACACAAACUAGCAUUAUCUGGUCAGGCUAUACUUGACAUCUAAUGAGAACUAGAGAAUUCCAACUCUUCCUAUACAGCAAAGGAUAAGAUCUGAAUAGAGCCCAUGAAGCUUCAGGAAAUCAAUUCUAAGAUGGGGGGAAAAAAAAAAACAAAAAAAAACUGCAGUUUCUAGUUAAUGUGCCUAGUGAACAACAAAAAAAAAAAAACAUGCUUUUAAUUAACACCGAACACCUUUUGAAAUACCGUUUAUAAAAGGAUGUCAAAGCCAUUUUUGGUAUUUUUUUUACUGGGUGGUAGUCAAGUGCUACUUUUUUUAUAACUACAUACUUGUUUUUUGUAACCUUAGGGAAGGGGUAUUUGUCUUUGUAAUGGGGAAUUUUUGUAAAAAUGUGAGAUCUUUUCUAAAUAAAUUAUGGCUUAAUUAUGGUCCUGUGUUACAAAUGAUUGUGGUACAAUUCAUUUCUGCCCAUGAAUAUCUGGAAUUAUUUCAUACAUGCCCUUUAUAUCUGAAAGUAAAAAUGGACGCUGAACUUGGGAAGCUCAUACCAUGUGUUUUAAAACAAAGUACCUGAAAUAUCACUCCACUACAAACCCUACUCAAAGUACUUUUCUGUCAGAACCCUAGUGUACUGUAGUAGUUAACUUCAGUAUUUUUGGUCACUUCAUGAAAAAUGUCUAUAUUUGGAAUUUAACCAUUAAAACAGAUUCUCAGCCCAGAUAAGUUUAUAGUUUACUGUUCAAUGGACUAAUAUAUUGUCUGGACACCUCUAUAUUGGCCAAUGAUGAAAUUAAAGC